AUGAAGAGGGACAGAUUCAAAGCAGAAGGAAGAGGUGGAGCUAUAAUAGCAGGCUUGCUGAUCCAGAGGAAUCUGAUGGUAAAGGAGACUGACAACAUCAGUAAGACGUCGUCAUCCUCCACUGAAGACGGGAGGAAGAGGUUGUUGAGAGAAAAGGAGGAGAGGGUGCGUCUCCUCCAGGAGGAGCUGAGGAGAGACGAGGAGGAGGAGACAAAGAAACUGAAGGAGGAGAGUGAGGCCGUGCGGAAAAAGUUACGGAUCGCUCUGGAGAGAGCGACGUCGGCAGAGCACGACAGACUGAACGCCCAGAAGAAGCAGGACACUGAACGUCUGGAGGCGGAGCUGAAAGAGCAGCUGGAGGCAGAGAGGACAAGACUUCAGGGAGAGAACAAAGAGAAACUCAACGCUUUACAAAAGAAGGAGUCUGAACUGCAGGAUCAAGCUGAUCAGUUGGAGCAGAGAGCCAAAGCGCUGAAGAGCGAGGAGGACACGCUGCACACUAAGAUAGCAGAUCUGAACACAAGGAAGAUAAAGGUGGGGGAGGAAGAGAAGGAGGUGGACAGGCAGAUGGAGCUGAUCCAGGAGAGAGACCAGCUGAAGGAAGAGCUGGAGCAAGCCCAUGAAGUCAUCCACAGAGCCAUGGAGGAGUGGAGAGAGGCCAAGGAGAAGGAGAAGCAGCUGAUGGAAGAGCAAGACCAGCUGAGGGAGGAGCUGACAAGGAUGAGGGAGGAAAAAUGUCAAGCCUGUGAAUUUAUCCAGAGAGCCAGGGAGGAGAGGAGCGAGGCCAAGGAGGAGAAGGAGCAGCUGAGAGAGGAGAGAGACCAGCUCAUAGAAGAGCUGCGGAAGAUGAGGGAAGGCAGAGAUCAGGUGAGGGAAGAACUGGAGAGGAUGAGAGAGGAGAAACAUCAAGUCCAAGAACUCAUCCAGAGAGUCAGGGAGGACAUGAGCAAGGCCAGGGAGGAGGGAGAGAAGCGGCUGAGAGGAGAGAUGCACAAAGCCAGAGAUGAGAGCAGGAGAGCAAAGGAGGACAAGGGGAACCUGGAGAGCAGAGUGAUGCUGCUGCAGGAGACAUGUGAACGUCUCAGACACAGAGUCAGUGAGUUGGAACAAGGUGAAGGAAGUCCUUCCAAGGAAGAGACAGCGCCCUCUAGUGACAGGAAUGAUGCGUUGCUUCACCUGGAUGACUCACCACCUCGCUCCCCUGGAUCAAACAUUCAAAGCAACAUGGACAACCUUUGUCUGGGGAGGCAGGAGAAAGGAGGGCGACUGAUGACGUGCCUGAGUCAGACCACAGUUGUACUGUGGACCCACUGGUCAGAACAGAAGGUCGUCCCUCAGCCCCAGCCAAAGUCCUGGAGUCUUUGCAGCAGAUCUCAAACCAUUUCAACACUGUUCUGAGCACACUGGGUUCCGUCGCUGGGUUCACACCUCACACAGCCGUCCCUUUGUCUGCAAAUCAGCCUCACUUAAUCUCCUCAUUUAACCCAGUCAUGCACCAGACACACGGCCUCUGCCCCGACUCCGUGCACCCUCGUGUCUCUGUGAGGCUCCCAGAGCUUUCGUGGAACUGGGCGCCUCAGAAAAGCCUGAAGGCCUGUGACGACCUCAUCAACAGGCAACGGAGCCAGA